AUGAGGAGAAAAUCCAAGAAUUCGAAUAUGGUGAAUAAGAAUGGAGGAAAAAGGGACGCAGGAAAGACAGACGAGAAAAAGGAAAAAAAAGGAGAAGCACAUCAAAAGAAGAAUCAAAUAAAUUUGAUGUCCUCCAACGAACAGAAAAUCCCGAAUCGAGUGGAACACACAAAACAAAAUGCAAAAGAUAAGAAAGCAAAACAAAGUGGAGAGACAAAAAAAAUGAAAAAAUCUGGUGAAUCUGAGAAGUCAUACCAAUCGAAGGCAAAGGGGCAUCAUGAAAAGGGACAAGAUAGAAAAUCUGAGCAUACUAUGGAAAAUAAGAGCAAAGGGAAAAAUUAUAUGAACAAUGUAGUUAUGAAAGAAAAAGUAGAACCCAUGAAAAGAGAGGUAAAUCAAAGGGAGAGGGGUGGGAUGUGUUUCUUAUGCUUCUGCUGUGGUAGCAAUGAUGAUAACGAUAUGUUGAAUGAAUUAAUUUUAGAAGAUGAAAGUUGGAAAAAAAAACAACAGGAAGAAGAAGCAAAAUAUGCAGAAGCAGAAAAAAGACAAAAUUUAAUGGAAAUGGAACGAUUGAGGAUGCUGGAGGAAGAAGACAGAAUGAAACUUCUACACGAAGCAGAGCUAGAAGAAGAAAGAAAAAAAUUAUUAAACCUUAACAAACAAAAUGAACAGCCCAAAAGAGGUUCCUUUUUAGUAGUUAAAAAUAUAAAACCUAAAUUAUUUCCAAAAAAAAAACCAAAAUUUAGUUUUCUUGGAGCGGCUUCAGCACCUCCUCCACCCGAGUCAUCUGCAUGCGUGGGGCCACCACCUGAGGUUAAAUUAACUUCGGUACCAGUUAGAGAGGGAAUAUAUUUAAUAUACAGUUAUGAAAAUAAUGGACAAUUAGAAUUACACUAUUCUAAAACAGCAAUAAAAGGGAAAGGUGUAUUGGGUUAUAUUUUUUCAAAUAGUAUACCUGAUUUUUAUUUUGUAAAUAAUAAUAUGAAACAAAUUUUGCUUAAAGAUGUGUCGAAAAUAAUGCAAAGUACUUAUGUUAAUGAUUUAAAACCUUACUAUGAAUGUGUAAUAAAUUUUAUGAAAAUGAAAACAAAAUUCAAUGGUAUCUUGUAUUUCUUACCAGCGUUUGAUGCACAGCCACCACCAAAACUGGACGUUAUAUUUUUUGAUUCCAAACAGAAGAAGUUGUUCUAUGCCCCAAUAGAAAAAGAAAUCGAAUUCAGAGGGAACUUCAUUUUCGUUAUUCAGAAAGGUCUUCCAAUAUUUCAGGAGGAAAUCGAAACAGAAAAGCUUUGCUCCUAUGUAUGUAGUUUCGGGGCGUUUCAAGGUAUUUAG